AUGUCUUCCUGUUUUUUCAUUACGCUCAGAUAUUUCAUUUUUCAUCCCGAAACCAGCUCUCCUAUUUCUCUCUAUAAUUCUUUCUAUCUUUCUUUUUGUCUGGAUUUGUCUUUCAUUUUUUUUUUCCUACGUUUCUUUUUGUUUAAUUUUCUUCAUUAUUUAUUUUUCCCCCCUCAACCGAACGAUUUCCUGAACUGCAUUCGAUUUUUAUUCAACUCAUUCUUUCUCGCUCUUUUUUUUGUUGGAUUCUUUUUAAGAAUUACUUAUCAUAUUCUUUUCUUUUGUUCGAGUUCAAUUUUACUUAAAAUAUAUAUUUUCUCUUUCAUCUCCGACUCUCGCUAUUUACUCCUCUCUUUUUACAUUUACUUUAUCUGUUUGCUUCUCUCUUUUUACAUUCACUCUAUCUAUUUAUUUCUCUCUUUUUACAUUCACUCUUUUUACUUCUCUCUUUUUACAUUCACUCUAUCUAUUUAUUUCUCUCUGUUUACAUUCACUAUACGUCUCAUUUUACAUUCUCUCUCUCUCUCUCUCUUUACUUCUCUCUUUUUACAUUCACUCUAUCUAUUUACUCCUCUUUUACAUUCACCCUAUGUACUUCUCUCUAUUUGCAUUCACUCUAUCUAUUUUCUGCAAACUUCUACUUUUUAG